AUGAAGAAGCUUCUAGGGAACAUCAAGAAGAAGAGCGGCAGUCCUGACCGCAAUGGAAGCGCCGGCUACUCGCUACCACAAGGCGACUCGCCCGAAGCCGUCGUCGUCCGCGAGGUGACAGCUUUCUGUGAAUCUGGCGCACCGAACUCCGACGCUGCCGGCGAAGAAUAUCUCCAUCUCCCAGCCAUCGUCGACUCUUCCGAGUCAAGUCCUGCCGCCGCCAAAGAAGCCGCUGCAACCAUACGUCGUUACUUGAGCAAGGACCACUACCAGCGAGGCUUUGCACAGUACAAUGCCAUCAUGCUGAUGCGCAUCCUGACCGACAAUCCUGCCCACGCCUUCACCCAGAACUUCGAUGCCAAAUUUGUGUCGACGGUCAAAGAAUUACUGCGCGAGGGCAAAGACACGAGUGUGCAGCAGAUACUGCGCGAGACGUUGGACUACAUGGAGUUUGACAAGGCGCCGAGCAACGACAGCCUGGGACCUCUUAUGGAGAUGUGGAAGAAGGAAAAAGGCAAGCGGAAUGCUCUGCGCCCGACGCACGGCUAUCCUUCUGCCGCCUAUGGGAGCCGCCAGCAACAGCAGCAGUCGCGACGCCGUGACACUCUACCACCGCCUGACGAGCUAGUAGGCCGGAUAGAGGAGGCCAAGACUACAGCUCGACUUCUGGUUCAGACGGUGCAGUCAACCCCUCAAGCUGAACUGCUGGGAAAUGAACUGGUAAAGGAGUUCGCCGACCGGGCCAGAUCGGCACAGAAAAGCAUACAGAGCUACAUGAAUGCUCAGGAUCCUGCUCCCGACCCAGAUACGAUGCUCACGUUGAUUGAGACGAACGAUCAACUGAAUAUUGCCAUGUCCAAACACCAGAGGGCGGUUCUGGCUGCCAGGAGGGCGAUGGGUCUCGCGACACCCAGUCCUGCGGCAGAGCCUCAGCAAAACCCCAUGUCGAUGCCACAGCACGUUCCUGGUCAGAAUGUGUACGCCGGUCACCGUCAAGCUUCUCCGCAGCUGCCGGAUCAUGGCCCUUAUUCGGCCUCACCUCCUCGCCGACAGAACACCAUCCCAACACCAGUUAGUCCACUGCGACGAGAAGAAGAACAUUUCUCGCCCCCGGCAGGACCUCCCCCGGGCCGAGCCCCGGCACAACAGACACAAGCACCACCACCAUCCAACGCUGAACCAUAUGAUUUUUCGAGUGCGGCCAACUUCUCAAAUCAAUUCUCUGCGCCGGAACCUGCUCCUUCAGUUCCGACCAGGUCUACCGCCCGUCCGCAGUCACAUGUCUAUACUUCGAGUGGCGACUAUGGCGUGGCCGAAAAUCCCUUCGCGGACGAUGCCUAUGGACCCGGAUCACCCCAGAAGCCAGCUGCACUAUUCUCGGAUCGGAAUGCUGAUACGCCAUCACCGCGACCCACACAGGGACAUUCGGCCAAUGCGGAUGUGCACGAGUUGCCCAGCGAGCAUGACCGACCGGGACCGUACAAUGCGGGAUACCAGCCUACGCCCAGUUUCAUGCAUCGACAGGAGUCCUCGGCUGAGCAUGUCACGAUGCACGGUGGAAGCCUACCUCCUGCGGCAACACUCACGAAUGGCAAUCCAUCGUACCCGUCAAGCAACAUGUAUGGAAGUCACCCUCAGAGUCCAGUUGAUGAUACGCAGGCAGUGGGGCGGAGGAUGAAUGACAUGCAUAUUUAG